CAGCCUAUCUAUUUCCCAGUCUCUUGUGGUCACAGAAAGUUAAUAUUUACUGGAAGAUGUUCCAAAUCUCUUGAAGAAAUACUUUUGUGCGUUGACCAAAAUAUCCCGACAGAAGAGGAACUUCGUCACUUGAAAGAAGAAGCUCAAUGUUAUCUGAAUGAUAUCAAGGUUCAGCUGGAAAAGGCAGCCGGAACGCAAAUGAAGCUUAUCUUUUCAGGAAGUACGGUUGAGAGAUACGGAAUCCCACGGAUGCUGUUAGGUAAUAGCUGCUGUGCUGGUUUCAGUCUUGGUUCUCUUCACACUGAUAUUGACGUCAUGAUUUGCCCCAUGGCAGUAAGAGCGUGUUUUUCAGGUCAAGGGGACAUACAUUUGGCACCCCUUUUUAUCGAUGGCGUCAGGGUUAUUGGAUACACUAAGCUAUAUUGCCUUACUUCUAUGAACAAAACGAUUUGGAUCAGCCCAAGGCUUGUCAUAAAUGAAGUCAAAGAUGCUGUGAAAAGCACCCCUCUUCUCAAUUUUCCUGAGAAUCCAUGGUAUAUUUUGGCGCCAAAAACACAAGUCGAAUCCAAGGGGCCAGCGUUGAAGAUUCGCGUGCUUGCUGGUUUUGAGUUGGACGUCACAUUUUGUUUCUACUGCCCUGAGUGGCCAACCAAUAGUGACUGGCCUUCUCGACCACGCUACUGGCCGUCUAUGGCUGAUGCGCAGAAGAUUAUGUCACUUGGCUGUCAUGUAGUAGCAAAGUCGGCACCAAGGGACAAGGAGAACAAAAGCUGGAGAUUCUCUUUCUCUGUGGCAGAAUGUGAACUAUCUAAGCUAGUACCAGAUACAGCAAAGAAAUGUUUCUUGGCAUUGAAAAUCAUCCUAAAGGACCAUCUCCAGCCCGUAGUUCCUGAAAUCGGUUCAUACCACAUUAAAACUAUUUUUCUUAACACUAUGGAAAAAUUACCAGUCGGUUUCUGGGCAGACGAAAACAUUGAUAUAUGCUUUCUAACAUUACUGACAGAGCUUCAUAUUGCCCUUCGGACGAUGAAAUGCCCACAUCAUUGGUUUAGUUCCAUCAAUUUGUUUUCAAUUAAGGCUGAGAAAUUACAACUUCUUGCUAAGAAAGUGCAGAGAAUUCUACAGGAUCCAUCUCCUUUUAUCUUGGACGAUGGCUGCUGCUGCGUUUCGUCAUGUUGUGUACGUGUACCGGAGGAGCACUUUACCUCCCGGGACAUCCAAGAAAUCAUUGCCGAUUACGAAGAGAGUCCCAUUUGUGUGCGCGCCAGUGACGAUGGUAUGUGUCGAGAAAAUAAUUUUGUGGACCUUUGGCAUGAUGUAAAUUCGCCCGAGGUACACAAGGUCAGCGUAAAGGUAACUCCAAACAAAGAGCAAAAUCCCUCCCAAAGGAUGGAAGACCACGAAAUUUUGGCAGAUGAUUUGGACCUGCUUAUUCAGGACAUGUAACUUAUACUGUAAGACGUACGGUUGUAAUCAUGGCUUAACGUAUGGUCAACUUUUGUGAAAAGAAUCAUUUUAGGUUCCUUAGAAACGGAUUCACUUGUGAUUAUCAAUACUACCCCAAGAGGGAAAGAUUUUCUAAUGAAGAGAAAAGGUUUUUUCCUAAUAAACAGUUCUGAAAAUUUGUCUACUUUAUACUUGAGCUUACUAACCAUGUCUACAGCUGGUCAAGUGUCUAAACUAUUAGAGUAACGAGGGGAGAACAAGACCCCCUUAGAGGGGAUUCAUUGGGCUGCCGACAGUACGAUGCAGUGGUGUAACAUUUUGAGAAGUUUAGAUUACAAUUAAGCUUUUUUUCUGGGUUGAGUGUAUAGCCACUCCUAACCGGUUAAAUGGGAUAGACACAUAUAUACUUAGCCUUUUUUAAACAAGAGGCGAUUGGCAUUAGUUUAACUGGGACUUUAAUUUCCCCGAUGUCUAUGCCUCCCAAAAUAAAGCUUGACAGUAUAGCAGCAUAACGUGACUAUUUUGAUUAACCUUUAAGCUAUCGGUCUCUUUAGGUCGUACUUCUUAGAAAGAACAAAUAGUGUUAGAAUUGGAACUGCGACUUCGAGCGAAUGGAAAGCAAUGUUUAGAGGCUGUCCCCAACGCUCAAAUUUUGGACCACUCUUAUGGAAUGUUUUCCAGACCGACCUGGUCUACAACGCUGUACCUAUCACAAGCAGCAUCAAGAUGCGCGCAGAUGACCAUCAAAUUUAUGUUAGUGGUGAAACGAUGGGAGAUGUGGAAACGGGAC